AUGAAUAUGCAUUGUGUGUCCAGUGGUGUAGUAUUAUCAGGAACUUGUAAGAAACCUGCUAACCAGGGACAGUUUUGUUCAAAUAAAAUAAAAAAAAAUGUUUAUAGUUUGCAUCCUCCAUGUAAAAGUCAUUUAAUAUGCAAAAAUGGAGGUUUUGGUGUAUUUAAAUGCCAGUAA